AUGUCUGUUCCAUCUUCAUCAUCUGUGGAUUUUGACAAGCACACUAUUUCUCAUGAAGAGCGGCGCCCACUGACAGUGCUCGUGAGCGGAGAAGGUAAUGAGUUCAUCACAUUGGGAGACAAAAAGUAUUAUCGCCAUGAGCUUAUGACUGCUUUUGCAGGAACUUUGGUUCCCGAAAGAUAUGCUCCACCACCCGUUCACAAGUUUGGAAAUGCUGCUGCCUUAGGUUUGGCCGCAUUUUCCUUAACAACAUUUGUAUCGGGUCUUUAUAUAUCUGGAGCGAUGGGCAUCAAGAUUCCAGCUGUUGGACUCGGAUUAGUUUUGUUUCAUGGUGGUUUCGUUAGCGCCGCCGCAGGCAUCUGGGAGUUGAUAAUAGGGAAUUGUUUUGGAGGCACGGUACUUACAAGUUUUGGUAUGGGAUUUUGGCUUUCUUAUGGUGCAAUUAAUGUCAGAGCCUUUGGAAUUAUGCAAGCAUAUGCAUUAGAUCCAGAACAGUUCAACAAUGCUCUAGGUUUCUUCAUGUUGGGAUGGGCAAUUUUUACUUUCAUGAUUGUCAUGUGUACGUUAAAGUCAACUUUGUUCUUCAUUAUGCUUUUCGUGACAAUUGACAUGGCUUUUAUACUCUUCACAGCCCAUUACUUUACGGGAAACCAUAAGUUGAUGACAGCAGGAGGCGUUUUCUGUGUUAUUUCAUCCUGCUGUGGCUGGGUUUGCGUGUAUGCUGGUAUUGCUACUCCUCAAAAUUCUUAUUUUACUGUGAAACCAACUCAGGUGCCUAUUUUUGGCAAGAAGAAAGAUUAA